AUGCCUGCGCCGCCAUCAGCAGAGGCCGGGAAGGGCCGCACCACGCAACGCGUGACCAUCGUCAUCGAUAGCGACGAGGAAGACGGCGGCGGCGUCGUUGGCGUCGGCGGCCGCCAGGCAGGGCGCGAGCCUGGGAGCGGCGCCGCGAUCGCCGCCGCCAGCGAGUCCAUAAAGCUCGUCAAGCCAGAGCCCGUCGACGAUGCGGGCUUCCACCCGGUGGGUCCGGGGGCGCUGCUCCUUGGGGUGGUGCCUAUCUCGCCGCGGGCACAAAACCCCCGCGCGCCGUCCUCGCCACGGGCACAAAACCCCCGCGCGCCGUCCUCGCCACGGGCACCAAGCCCCCGCACGCCGUCCUCGCCGGCGCCGGUCGACGCGGAGGUCCGGAAUCAGUCCGAGAUUAUCGCCAUCUCCGACGACGACGACGAUGACAAUUCCCGAUUCCAUGGCGCCUUGCCGCUCGACAUGGUCGAGGGGAGCGGCCGUCCCGUCAAGGAGGAGGCUUCCGACGACUUGGACUGCGAUUGGGUUCGUUUAGCGGAGGCGAAGCGCGCCUUGGUGGCGGUUGUGGCCUCCGGAAGCUCUCACGUGAAGAGGAAGAGGAAGAGAGGAUCGCCCGGCGGAGCCAAGCCCUACGCGCGCGGCGGCGGCGGCGUUCACGCGUUGGACCGGAAUUCGAGCGCUUCAGGGGCUGGGCAUCGCACGGCCACGGCGUGGAUGGCCGACGACGCCAGGAGCUCUAGGGAUGUGAAUAGUAGAGAAGCAAGCAGAGGCGUGGGUGAUCGGCCGGGUUCGGCCAAGAAGGCCCUCGUGUCCAGCGAAGAAUCCAGGGGUGCACCGGGAAAGGCGAGGAGUGGAGGAGGUGCGAGAAGGGAGAGGAGCACUAGUGUGGCACCUGCGAACUGGAUAGGCACCAGCAUUGGGUCGCGGAUCCGGUCAAGGUCGCGGAAGCAGGGCACAGUGCAGUACUCUGCUCGAGUGUCGUCCGAGGAUACAGGGGAGGACGAAGUGCAGGAGCAGAAGAAGAAGAGAGUGGAAGAUGUGGAGUCCAUGGAGGUAGAUGAUGAUGAUGAUGAUGACAACGAUGGGGAAGAUGUGGAGUCCAUGGAGGUAGAUGAUGAUGACGACGACAACAACAAUGGGGCUGGCAAUGGCAGGCAAGAGAGUGGGCAGGACGAGGCUUUGGAGGGAAGGAGCAGGCAGGAUAGCCAUGCUUUGAUUGAUAGUGAGGAGGAGGUGGGGGAAAAGGAAUUGUCGGAAGAGGAGGAAGGUGGCAAUCAAGAAGAAAGCACUAGCAUCUGCGAUGGCGAAGGAGAACAAGAAGAGGACGCGUCUGAAGAGAUUGAGCAGGAAAUGGAUGAAACAGGGGAAGAGGACGAACAGGAACUGGAUGGAACAGGAAAGGCGCAGCCAUUCACGCCUAGCAACACCAUUGCAGGUAGCAGUAUGAGGUCAGGAGGCGAUGACACGCGAGUCUUUAGGAGGAGGGUUUUUGAGGGCAUAUAUUUGCCUCAGAAGCCACGCAAGACUGUUGGCAAGGGCAUCGGAGGGCGGACGCGAUCACAGCGAAAAUGCAAGGACAAAAAACUGCUCAGACGUGGAACUUUCAGUAAACCCUACAAUAUUGAUAUUCCGGACUCGACUUCUGAUUCUGAAGAGGAUAAUGAACCACCAGCGCCACAACAAGGACUUCUGUCAUCAAGUGAGGAAGACAACAUAACUUUUGGCAAAAGGAAGCGCAGAAGAGCAAUAAAAAACAGACGGCUUAAGAGAUCGAGUACCAGUAGUGACGAGGAGUACAGAGUAUAUGCUAGGGACGCCAAAGAUAGGCCUUUUCGGAGGCUGAAGAAAGGGCUAUCCAAUCUUCAGGCUGGCAAGGAAGGUUGCAGAAGGUAUGAUGGUUCAAAUCCUGGGCAUGCCAAAUACAAUGGUCCAAAUGGCGAGAACCCAAUGAACAUGUCCAAUGAACAGGAUGCUAUUCUCUUCAAAAGAAAGGCACAUACGAUUCGAAUGAAGAAGCGCGGUCCAGCAGCGAAAGCUGCAUAUGAUGAACUCCUUAAUUCCUUGUUUUCUGGCUGGGAGGAUCAUAUAAAUGAUCCUGAUCAUGCAGCAGCUGGAAAUAGUUUGCCUUUGGUGUUCGCAUUCGGAGAUGAGGAUGCAGAAGAGAAUAUAGAAAAUGACAAGUAUCAAGAAGACCUGUGGAGGGAAUGCGACAUUGCUUUUGAAUCCAUGAAUAUUGGUUCCAACAGCUGUGAAGAGGAGUUCGGUGCAAGCAUUGUCAUGUUGUCGAUCUCGAAAUCAGACAUGUACUGCCUGCUUUGGGGAAAAUUUUCUGCAGAAAGGGAAUCAGCAAUCGACCCUGAGUUGGACAAGAUGCUUAAGGAAAUGCUCAAUGUUUUUGAACAAAAUGAUGUGCUGGUAUCAAAUGGACAUGAACUACCAUGCAAUUUUGGUGGUCACAAAGCUGGUUCAGUCUGGGAUCUCAUUCCUGGAGUCAAGGAAACUAUGUUCCCACACCAGCAGGAUGCAUUUGAGUUCUUGUGGACGAAGCUGGCAGGAGGUACUACAAUUGAACAGCUAAAGCAAAACGUAAAAUCUGAUGUUGGAGGUGGUUGUGUGAUUUCUCAUGCACCUGGGACGGGAAAGACGCGACUAGCAAUCACAUUUGUUCAAUCCUACCUUGAGGUUUUCCCACACUGUAGCCCGGUUAUCAUUGCUCCCAGGGGGAUGUUAGCGACAUGGGAGAAGGAGUUCAGGAAAUGGAAGGUAAAGCUCCCUUUUCAUGUACUGAAUUCCACUGAGAUCAGCUGGAGUGAAGACAAGACCAUCCAAGAACAGGUUGCGAAGAAUGGAACUUUUCAUCGAAGGCUACUGACAGAUAAAAUGGAUCAAAAUUAUAGACGAUUGGUGAAGUUAGGGUCCUGGAUGAAUGGAACCAGCAUAAUCGGUUUGAGCUACUCGCUUUUUAGGAAGCUAGCUAAUCAUGAAGGCAUGGACGGGGAUAAGGUGAGGAAGCUGCUGCUUGAGAAACCCGACUUGCUUGUCCUUGAUGAAGGGCACACGCCAAGGAACAAGAAGAGUCUUAUCUGGAAGGUUCUUAAAAGGGUCCGCACUGAAAAGCGAAUAAUUCUAUCGGGGACUCUAUUCCAAAACAACUUUGAGGAGCUCUAUAACACCUUGCGCCUUGUCAGGCCAAAGGAUGCAGAUACAGUGCAUCUAGAGACGGACGAGGGCAAAGAUUUCUGGUCUUCAUUAAGACUGAAUGACAUCACAAAGGCAAACAUAAAUGAAGUGAGGAAAAAAUUGGACCCUAUUGUGCACAUCCAUAGUGGCAAAUUUCUUCAGAAGUCUCUCUCAGGACUGAGAGAAUCCGUUGUGAUUCUGAACCCUCUUCCUUAUCAGAAAGAAGUCAUCGCAAGUAUGGAGAAGGCUGUGGCAACGAUGGGUCUUGAUGCGGAAUACAAAAUCUCGAUUGCAUCAAUACAUCCCUCCCUCCUUGCCAGUGCAAAAUUGUCUGAAGAAGAGGAAUCUAUCUUGGACAUACCUAAGCUAAAGAGUUUACGUUCCUCUCCAUCUGAAGGGGUUAAGACGAGGUUUGUUUUGGAGAUUGUCCGUCUGUGUGAAGCGCUAAAUGAACGGGUUCUAGUGUUCAGCCAAUAUCUUGGACCAUUGUCCAUGAUCAUGGAGCAGCUGAAAGAAAAGUUCAAUUGGGCUGAAGGCAAAGAGAUCCUGCUAAUGAGUGGAAAUGUUCCUGUUAAAAAUCGCGAAACCAUGAUGGAGGUCUUCAAUAACAUGAAAAGCAAGGCCAAGGUAAUGCUUGCAUCAACGAAGGCAUGCUGUGAGGGUAUUACACUUAUCGGGGCAUCACGUGUGGUUCUACUUGAUGUUGUGUGGAACCCCUCUGUUGGAAGGCAAGCGAUUGGCCGAGCUUACAGAAUUGGUCAGGAAAAGAUUGUGUACACAUACAAUCUAAUUGCAGAAGGAACAACAGAGAAGAGCAAAUAUGACAGACAAGCUAAGAAGGAGCACAUGUCUAAAUUGCUCUUUUCAAAAGAACCGGAGCAUGGAGAAUGCAACUUGCCUCCAGAACUGACGUUCAAUGAUAGGGUUUUGGAAGAAAUGACUGCACGUGAAGACCUCAAAGAAUUGUUUGUAAAGAUUUAUGUUGACAAUCAAACUGAUGGGUUAGGUGGAGAGAUGGAGAAGAACAAUACAUGUCCACAGGCCUAA